ACAUCUACAAGCUCCGUGCUGUUUUCAAAUAUGUCUGGCCAUGUUGGACCAGCCGCAGCGGCGUGCUUUGUUGCGCACUGUCUAGGUUCCGCAGAGCAGCCAACCACUAGCACUUCUGGCCAAGUGCAGCUGGCAGCAGGCAAUGGUUCGGUGAUCAGCGGUCUCGCGACAGUUUGCACCCAUCUUGUUCGACAGUCAUCUGGGAAACACAGCUUGCUUGGGCCGACGCCUGAAAUGCAAGCACAGGUGACAGCAUGGCUGACGUGGGCAACCAUCGAACUGACGCCACUCAUGGAUGAUAAACUACUAAAGCUGGACCAGCAUCUCACCUCGUGCACCUACUUGGUGGGAGGCUCUGCAACGUUGGCUGACCUCGUCAUUUAUGGUUUGGUGCAUCCCGCCGUGACUAGCUUUCCCGCGGCGCAAACACUCCAUUUCUGCAACUUACUACGGUGGUACGACUUGCUGCAAAACACUGUCGACACGAAUGGCUUCUUCCAACCACGGUUGAGCCUCAAGAAGCCGCACUACGUCGCGCCACCGCCCCCCGCACCCCCUGCCCCCAAGGCCGCGCCGCCAGCGGCAGCUCCGGCCGCAGCUGCACCAGCCAAGGGCGCCCCUGCUGAGGCUACGAAGGUGGUUGCGGCGCCAGCAAAAGGUGCUAAAGCUGAGGCGGCCGCUGGUCCAGCUGCUGCUGCUGCUACCGCGGCAGCAGCUGCCGAUUGCAAACCAGCGGCUUCUGCGGACAAGGAGGCGAAGGGCGCAGGCAAGAAGGAUGGAGGAAAAGAGGCCAAGAGCGCAGGAGGGAAAGGCGCUGCAGCCGCCGCACCGGCCAUCGCAUCUUCAAAGGCCGGCGAGGAGGAGGCCACCAUCGACAUGCUGGACUGCCGAGUGGGGCGGAUUAUUAAGGUGGACAAGCAUCCCAACGCGGAUGCGCUGUAUUUGGAGGAGAUUGACGUGGGAGAGGAAAAGCCCCGUCAGGUGAUCUCUGGCCUUCGCAAUUUCGUACCGCUGGAGCAGAUGCAGGACCGUGUCGUGGUGGUGGUGUGCAACCUCAAGCCUGCCAAGAUGCGCGACAUCAUGAGCUACGGCAUGGUGUUGUGCGCCUCGGACGAUGCUCAUGGCAAGGUGGAGCCCGUCAUUGUGCCGGAAGGAGUGCCCAUUGGCGAGCGGCUCACAGUGGAGGGGUACUUGGGCAGCCCACCGGAAGAGAUCAACCCGAAGAAGAAGAUUCUGGAGCGGCUCUUCCCGGACAUGAAGACCGACGAGGCCGGGACCCCGGUCUACAAGGGCAAGCCGUUCAUGACGAGCAAAGGGCCACUGAGCUCUUCCGUGCAGAGCGGCUGGGUUAAGUGAAAAGUUGUUCGGGUGGGGAAGUGGGGGAGGGCGGCUUUCGGGUUAAAUAUGCAGCGGUUUUUCAGGGCAGUAGACCUUAUUUAGGUUCAACAGAUGAUCAACCCGCUACAAGGGUCAGAAUUAACUGCACAUCAGAAGGCACCUCCAUCCUUUGUGGCUACAAACAGGAUGUGUGCAGAAUACAGCUACAGUGGUAAGCAGGACUAUUGCAUAGCGUUUGGAACGGGGCAUUCUGACGACCCUGCUGCUGGUAGUUGGUACUUUGGUCAACCCACUUGUUUGGUCCGAGGUUGCUGAGGGGAGCCCUGGAAACAUGUCUUGGUGAACACUAGCAUGAAGGGUAAGGCGGCGCAGUAAAGAUCUGGUCGCGCAAGGCAACGAAGGGUGGGGCGGGCUUUCCAGUUAGGUAGGGUGUUAUGGGCCAAUGGAGUUAUUGGGUAGUGGUGGCAUUUGCCGCCGACAUGCAGGCGGAGCGGUACAGUGAAUGCGUGCGCGUGCGGGGGAGGAAAAAGGGUGCAGAAUGGACAGCUCAGAACUGCUGGUCUAGCACAGAUUCGAAAGGCAGGUUGGUGCUUCGAACGUUCGAGCACAAGAGUGUCUCAUGACGUCGCAACGUACGCCGGACGCAGUGCGUGUGGACACCGUGUGCUUUGCCACUGGCUGGCAGUUUAUUAUGUUUAUUAUUGUUAAGUGUUCUGUUUACGAUACACAUGUAGUAAAUUAAUGUGG